UCCCCGAGAUCUCCCAGGUGGCAGCUGCCUCCUCCAGACAGGCAUCUCCACCAUGACAAACCUGAGCGCCCAAGUCAAAGGCUCCCUCAACAUCACCACUCCAGGGGUGCAGAUAUGGAGGAUCGAGGCCAUGCAGAUGGUGCCCGUGCCGUCCAGCACCUAUGGGAGCUUCUUCGAUGGUGACUGCUAUGUGCUCCUGGCUAUCCACAAGACAGGCAGCAACCUGUCCUAUGACAUCCACUACUGGAUUGGCAAGGACUCCUCUCAGGAUGAGCAGGGGGCGGCUGCCAUCUACACGACGCAGAUGGAUGACUUCCUGAAGGGCCGGGCUGUCCAGCACCGUGAGGUCCAGGGCAACGAGAGCGAGGCCUUCCGAGGCUACUUCAAGCAGGGCCUUGUGAUCCGGAAAGGGGGUGUGGCUUCUGGCAUGAAGCAGGUGGAGACCAACUCCUAUGAUGUCCAGCGGCUGCUGCAUGUCAAGGGCAAGAGGAACGUGGUGGCUGGAGAGGUGGAGAUGUCUUGGAAUAGUUUCAACCGAGGUGAUGUUUUCCUCCUGGACCUUGGAAAACUUAUCAUCCAGUGGAAUGGGCCAGAGAGUAACCGCAUGGAGAGACUCAGGGGCAUGACCCUAGCCAAGGAGAUCCGAGACCAGGAGCGGGGCGGGCGCAGCUACGUGGGCGUGGUGGACGGGGAGAACGAGUCAGCCACCCCGCAGCUGAUGGAGGUGAUGAACCACGUGCUGGGCCAGCGCAGGGAGCUGAAGGCAGCUGUGCCCGACACGGUGGUGGAGCCGGCACUCAAGGCGGCCCUCAAGCUGUACCAUGUGUCUGACUCAGAGGGAAAACUGGUGGUUAGGGAGGUUGCCACUCGGCCACUCACACAGGACCUGCUAAGCCAUGAGGACUGUUAUAUCCUGGACCAAGGGGGCCUGAAGAUCUACGUGUGGAAAGGGAAAGCAGCCAAUGCAGAGGAGAAGAAGGGCGCCAUGAACCAGGCCCUGAACUUCAUCAAAGCCAAGCAGUACCCACCAAGCACUCAGGUGGAGGUGCAGAAUGAUGGGGCCGAGUCAGCCGUCUUCCAGCAGCUCUUCCAGAAGUGGACAGUGCCCAAUAAGAGCUCAGGCCUGGGCAAAACCUACACCGUGGGCUCCGUGGCCAAAGUGGAGCAGGUGAAGUUUGAUGCCACAUCCAUGCACGUGCAGCCUCAGGUGGCCGCCCAGCAGAAAAUGGUGGAUGACGGGAGCGGGGAGGUGCAGGUGUGGCGCAUUGAAGACCUCGAGCUGGUGCCCGUGGAAUCCAAGUGGUUAGGCCACUUCUAUGGGGGAGACUGCUACCUGCUGCUCUACACUUACCUCAUCGGCGAGAAGCAGCACUACCUGCUCUACAUCUGGCAGGGCAGCCAGGCCAGCCAGGAUGAAAUCGCAGCCUCGGCCUAUCAAGCUGUCGUCUUGGACCAGAAGUAUAAUGAUGAGCCGGUCCAGAUCCGGGUCCCGAUGGGCAAGGAGCCACCCCACCUCAUGUCCAUCUUCAAGGGACGCAUGGUGGUCUACCAGGGAGGCACCUCCCGGGCCAACAACUUGGAGCCUGUACCCUCCACGAGGUUGUUCCAGGUCCGGGGAACCAGUGCCAACAACACCAAGGCCUUUGAGGUCCCAGCCCGGGCCACCUCCCUCAACUCCAAUGAUGUCUUCAUCCUGAAGACCUCAUCCUGUUGCUAUCUGUGGUGUGGAAAGGGCUGUAGUGGGGACGAACGGGAGAUGGCCAAGAUGGUUGCUGACACCAUUUCCCGGACGGAGAAGCAAGUGGUGGUAGAAGGGCAGGAACCAGCUAACUUCUGGAUGGCCUUGGGUGGGAAGGCCCCCUAUGCCAAUACCAAGAGACUACAGGAGGAAACCCUGGCCAUCGCCCCCCGGCUCUUCGAAUGCUCCAACCAGACUGGGCGCUUCCUGGCCACAGAGAUCCCAGACUUCAAUCAGGAUGACUUGGAGGAAGAUGAUGUGUUCCUGCUGGAUGUCUGGGACCAGGUCUUCUUCUGGAUAGGGAAGCAUGCCAACGAGGAGGAGAAGAAGGCCGCGGCCGUGACCGUGCAAGAGUACCUCAAGACCCAUCCCAGUGGCCGCGACCCCGAGACCCCCAUCAUUGUGGUGAAGCAGGGACAUGAGCCCCCCACCUUCACAGGCUGGUUCCUGGCGUGGGAUCCCUUCAAGUGGAGUAAUACCAAAUCCUAUGAGGACCUGAAGGCAGAGCUUGCGAACUCUGGGGACUGGAGCCAGAUCACUACUGAGGUCAUAAGCCCCAAAUUGGACAUGUUCAAUGCCAACACCAGCCUCAGUUCUGGACCACUGCCCAUCUUUCCCCUGGAGCAGCUGGUGAACAAGCCUGUGGAGGAGCUCCCUGAAGGUGUGGACCCCAGCAGGAAGGAGGAGCACCUGUCCAUUGAUGACUUCACCAAGGCCCUGGGGAUGACACCAGCUGCAUUCUCUGCCCUGCCUCGAUGGAAGCAACAAAAUCUCAAGAAAGAAAAAGGACUAUUUUGAGAAGCAAGAGUAGUUGCUGUAAAGCAGCACACUCCCCUGCUUGUGAGGCUUCGUUUGUCAUUACUGGUUUUAGUCCCAUGCCAAUUGAAAUUGCCAUGUGCACAGCAGUAUGUGGCAAUGGCACUUUUGUUUAGUAACCUAUUCAUUCAGAAAGAUGCCACCUCCCCAAGGAGGCUGUGAUCAGACAAA